CAUGCCUAAUGCGUCUAGACUAGUACCCACUUUGGAUAGUAGAGCCGGAAUUAAAAGGUACAACCUCAUGACGGUGCCAUCCAUAUCCUGAGAUGAUGUUCUGUCCUUCACCCAACAGCUUCCUGUGUACGCAGUAACACGAAAGACAGUCCGGUAAAAUCGAAGAACGCCCGGAAGACAUUCGGAGCUCGGGUUCAGAGUUUCCAAUCGUUCGCCUCACCCUCAUCUUCGUUCGGCUCCAGCCAGGAGUCCGUGGUAAUGAUGGAUUGGCUUGGUCGAGCAAAAAUCAGUUUCACUCAUUCGACUUCGCCGCUGAUCCUGGAGGAGAAAGAUGGGACGAAAACUGACCUUCUCAAGGUCUGUGAGAAAGUCACACCUCCCUGCCAACUCAACCCCCUCCUCUUCAAUGGCCAUCUUCAGACGAUGUGGACUGUGACCAAAGUACAUGGGCCUCAGAUAUACUACCGGAGGAGGAUUUUCCACGCGGACCAUAAGGUCUACACUGGGACAUUCGCUGUCGAUUUCGCGGUUGAUCCCCAUGAGGAUGUGGACGAGACCCUCCCUCCCCGGACCGCCUAUUACUCUGAAGAGGGCUUUGCUGGAAUCGCUUCCGAGGACUCCCGGCCCAUGCUGAUAGUUCUUCAUGGGCUUUCUGGUGGUUCUCACGAGAUAUACCUGCGGUAUGCGAUCGAGCCUUUGGUCCUCAAAGGCGGGGAAUGGGAGGUCUGUGUGGUGAACUCCCGUGGUUGCGCAAAUAGUGAGGUGACCAGCGGGGUGUUGUUCAACGCCCGGGCAACUUGGGAUAUUCGACAGGUCGUGAAAUGGGCCCGCGAGACAUUCCCCAAUAGGCCGCUCUUUGCUCUUGGGUUCUCUCUCGGCGCAAACAUAUUGACAAACUAUGUUGGGGAAGAGGGCGCUUCGUGCCCUCUCAAGGGAGCUGUUGUCGUGGGAAAUCCCUUCAACCUUGACGCCAGUAACAAAGCACUCAAGAGAAGCUUGGUAGGGAAGCAAGUGUACCAGAGAGUGAUGGGAACCAAUAUGAGGGAACUCAUAAGCCUCCACAAAGAGUCCAUUCUCAAGUUUACCAAGCUGGACUGGGAUACCAUUCGAAAUGUGAAGUAUCUAUAUGAGUUUGACCGGACAGUCCAAUGCACGACAUGGGGUUAUCCCACCGAAGACGCAUACUAUCGAGACGCCUCCUCCGCCGAUGCGGUUCUGGCAGUGCGGAUACCGCUUUUCGCCAUCAGUGCCGCUGACGACCCAAUCGCCGUGAAUGAGGCCGUCCCAUACGAGGAGUUCAAGCAGAAUCCCUAUACCGUCCUCUGCACGACAUCCAUAGGCGGCCACCUCUCCUGGUUUGAGCUGGGAGGGGGUCGAUGGCAUGCGCGCCCGAUUUCCAACUUCUUGAAGUACAUGGCGUCGAAUAUCAAGCUCGACUCCAUCAGGCCCAAAUUAAGUGAUGAGGCAUCCGAUACCUCUGACGCAAGAACGCGCUUUGAUCCAGUAGGAAGGAAGCUGGAAAUCAUCCUAGACUAAUCAAUGCUCGUGAUUUUCGGCGACGUCAAUCUGAUGGAGUAGACUGGUUGGUCUGAGAUGGUGACAUUUGUUAGUGGGUGAGAAUCUUAGUGGUAUGCAAAUCCGUACAUAGCAGCACAAGAGCUAUAGAGACAUAGAACAGUCGUAAUAAACCGAAACGAAUACUGUAGGAUAUAGUUGUUGUUACAGUUGACGAGAACCUAGUCAAGCAACGAACAAGUUGUUUCUCCUUAUACAUAUUGUACACGGUGCUCAAUAUCAUCCCAGCCAAUUCUCCUCCUGCAGGCGCUCGAGGCCUCUAUUUCCACAAUCGGAUCCACCCAAGACGAUGUGCAAAGAGAAGCAAGUCUCGAUAUGGGUACAUCAGCACCCACACACCCAUACUUCAAUCUCUCCCCUCCUCAGAGGGCAAGACAACCCCCACCCCCCUAGGCAGACAACCUCUU